AUGCCAACCAACGAGUCUCUUCUGGCCACCACCGAAGGUUCCACAGAGUGGAAUCCCUUUAACGAACCCCUGAAGACCAUCGAACCUUGGAACUUCCAGCUAUUGGCCGCCCUCAUGUUUGUGGUAACGUCACUGUCGAUUUCUGAAAACUUUAUUGUCAUCCUUGUUACGGUCAAAUUCAAGCAGCUGAGGCAACCUCUGAAUUAUAUCAUCGUCAACCUGUCCAUGGCGGACUUCCUGGUGUCCAUCAUCGGCGGCACCAUUAGCAUUGCCACCAAUAGCAGGGGCUAUUUUUAUUUGGGAUCCUGGGCUUGCGUCCUCGAAGGAUUCGCAGUUACUUUUUUUGGGAUUGUGGCUCUGUGGUCUCUGUCAGUCCUGGCUUUUGAGAGAUACGUAGUAAUCUGUAGACCUCUGGGCAAUCUGCGCCUUCAGGGCAAACACUCAGCUUUUGCCAUUAUCUUUGUGUGGGUCUUCUCUUUUGUGUGGACAAUCCCACCGACCAUGGGCUGGAGCAGCUACACUACGAGUAAGAUUGGCACCACCUGUGAACCCAACUGGUACUCGGGCGAGAUGAGGGAUCAAACCUACAUCAUCACAUUCCUUACAACCUGCUUCAUUUUACCUUUACUGGUCAUUUUUGUGUCCUACGGAAAACUGAUGCGGAAGCUAAGGAAGGUGUCAGAUACACAAGGACGAUUGGGCUCUACUAGAAAACCAGAAAGGGAGGUCACUCGAAUGGUUGUCAUCAUGAUCCUGGCAUUUCUUAUCUGCUGGACUCCUUACGCAGCCUUUUCUAUCCUCGCCACCGCACAUCCCAACAUUGAUCUGGAUCCACGUUUAUCUGCAAUUCCUGCUUUCUUUGCAAAAACGGCAUCCAUGUACAAUCCCAUUAUUUAUGUCUACAUGAACAAACAGUUUAGGAGGUGUCUAUACCAGAUGUUCCACUUAAAUGACCCAGACGCCAAAGAGUCCAACAUAAACCCAACUUCAGAAAGGGGCGUGGCAACUCGAGAUAAUAAUGGAGGGGAAAUGCUGGCCAUCGCCACACACAUAACCAGUUCAGCUGUAACCAAUCGAGAAGAACAGAGCAGCUGUAAUUCCUUUGCACAGAUACCGGUGUCAGAAAAUAAAGUCUGCCCAAUGUAA